UCUCUUCUUCAUUGGUGGAUAUUUUUAAGGAGCGAUAGAAGUUGCAUCCGCUGCUGACAUGGAUCGACUUCUGAGAUUGGGUAAUGGAAUGCCUGGGAUGGGUGGACCGGGUGGAGGUAGUGAUGCUCCAGUAGUUGAUACAGCUGAACAAGUCUACAUCUCAUCACUAGCACUGUUGAAGAUGUUGAAGCAUGGAAGAGCUGGAGUUCCUAUGGAAGUCAUGGGCUUGAUGUUAGGAGAGUUCGUAGAUGAUUACACAGUUAGAGUAAUUGAUGUGUUUGCAAUGCCUCAGUCAGGAACGGGAGUAAGCGUGGAGGCAGUCGAUCCAGUAUUUCAGGCCAAGAUGUUAGAUAUGCUACGACAGACGGGAAGACCAGAAAUGGUUGUGGGUUGGUACCACUCUCAUCCUGGCUUCGGAUGCUGGUUGUCAGGUGUUGACAUCAACACACAGCAGAGCUUCGAAGCAUUGUCGGACAGAGCAGUGGCAGUGGUCGUUGACCCUAUCCAGAGCGUUAAGGGCAAAGUGGUCAUUGAUGCAUUCAGACUCAUCAACACCAACAUGAUGGUUUUAGGCCAGGAACCGAGACAGACGACCUCUAACCUGGGUCAUCUACAAAAACCAUCUAUACAGGCACUCAUACAUGGCUUGAAUCGUCACUACUACUCCAUUGCUAUCAACUACAGAAAGAAUGAACUGGAACAGAAGAUGUUGUUGAAUCUACACAAAAAAAGCUGGAUGGACGGACUAACACUCAGAGACUACAAUGACCAUUGUAAACUGAAUGAGAAGACAGUAAAAGAAAUGCUGGACCUUGCCAAGAGCUAUAACAAGGCAGUAGAGGAAGAGGACACAAUGACCAAGGAGCAGCUUGUUGUCAAGAAUGUUGGCAAAUUGGAUCCUAAGAGACAUCUGGAGGAACAUGUGGAAGUGUUGAUGACGGCCAAUAUUGUACAGUGUGUUGGUGCCAUGAUGGACACUGUUGUAUUUAAGUAACUUAACUAGUCACUCUCAAAGUCCAAAGCCAACAGCAUAAAAGCUUGUGCUUUGGAUAUCUUCACAAAGGUUCAUUUUGUCAAAGUAUGCACGUUUCCUUUGGGUUGCAAAAGUGUUGUGCCCAAAAUGGACAACAGAGUUUCACACAAAGGAUAACGUUGCGUCUUUUGUCAUUUUCACAGGACAAAGGAUGUAACCCAGUAUUAAUUAAACUUUAACUUUGUGAUUGAUUGUUGGCAUAAUGGCAGUAUGGAUCCUGUGUCAAGCUGGACAUUCUCUCGUUAGUUUCUUUUAUGAAAGGAAAUUACAUGAGCCCAGUGCCAUGGCAUUGCCCAACAGCAGAAAAGUUGUGCUUACUAAAGCAUAAAAUUCUCCAAACUGUAAGCAACAUUUCAUGGUAGUGUUUGGUAUGGUUGUGCUAACGGUUUCAUGUGCACAGUGGUGUUCUUUGUUAUGUUACCAAGUUAAGCAAAUUUUUCCCUCCGAGGUAAGCGUGUCUUUUGUUACUGCUUACAUGUAUGGCCUCCAUGAAAUACACGGAGCUGCUAUUAGCAUAAAAUCGCUUUCCAAGCAGCGCCAUGAAUUGGGCCCUAGAAAGAACUCGCAAUGACUGGCUUUUGACCGUGCUGAAAGUCUUCUGACUGAAGUAAUCCAAGGAAAGUUUUCCUUUACCGUUGUCGGCAAUUCUUAGCUGAGAUACGCUCGAAAAGUUCUCCCUUGCUUGAUUUCUUACUCUCCCCAAAUAGAUUUCAAUGAUCAUUUACAUAUACUGCACAAAUGUGACUCAACGAUAAUCAACUUGACACUGAUACCAAGCAAAGUUGAUAAGAAAACCUGGAUAGUUUUACUUGACUCCAGUUUAUCUCGGAACAAGAUAAAAUUCAACCCAAAUGUACAGUUUAACCAGAAAUGGAGUAUGCAUCACAUGUACAAUACCUAUGGAGUACCUUUUUUAUAAAAAGAAUUGAGUCUCUAUUUAUCUUUCAAAAUCUGACCAGCCUAUACCCCCAAACACUAGGCACUUUUUGGCUUUUAGUCUUUUUAAAAGACCUUCAGAGUGUUCAUUGUAGAUGAGCAUUGAUUCUUUGUACAGGUCAAUCAACAGCAGAAAUAAAAGAAAACAGAAAAAGCUUCAA